AUGGGUGAGCGCGUCGGCAACAAACACGUCGUCGCGGUGCAAGCCGGUCCGCAUGACGGCGGAGCAGCGGAGUCCGGUCAAAGUCGCCACGGCCGCCGCGCACCGCCGGCUAGCUGGCCCUACACUUUCACCGCCGGAUGGCUCGCGUUCAUCGUAUGCGGCACGAUCUGCCUCGUCGUCCUGCAGUACAUGGCGUACCUCAGCUUCCCGUUUUUCUCCGCCCACCUCACCGGCUACGACGGCAUCGGGUCGGGGCCGGUCGCCGCGGUGCUCUCGCCGGAGUUCAACCUCACCCUCCAUCUUCGCAACACGUGCGUCGACCGCGCGGACUUGACUGUCCUGUACUCGGGCGUCGUGCUCGGCUGGGCGACCAUGGAGCCGCGGGACUGCGCGGGGAAGCGCUGGAACAAGGCCCUGGAGGUGGCGGCGCGGGGCGACGGCGUGGGGCUGUCGGACCAGCUUCGCGACCGCUUGUCGUUGGAGUGGAGCAACGGCACGAUGGAGCUCGACGUCGACGUGAAAGUCUUCCGCGGUAAACGUGGCGGCGGCAUUGACAGCGGAUUAAGCGAUAUGAUCCCAACGAAAGCGAUCAUCUGUAAGGUGAUUCUUCAUGAUAAACAAGAUCAACCAAUGUCUUCUUGCACGUGGACAGAACUGAGACCAAUAGUUGAACUGCUAUGA